AUGGGGAUAAUGAGGUCUUGGUUCAGUGAGCUGGAAUUUGAACCCAUCAGCCUGGUCUCAUAUAAAGGCCACGCAGAUGCAAAAGAUCUGUUGGAGAGUUGUGAGAAGAGUUCCUUUAGUAGCUGGCAGAACCAAACACCCACUUCUAAAGAAGCAACAGCAGCUCUUAAACUUCAAGCCAUCUGGAGAGGGGCUUAUGUUAGGAAGCUACUGAACAGCAGAAAACCAGGUACUAAAGAAAAUGCUAAUGUCAAAGAAACCUUGCAAAAAUUGUGGACAGCAAUUGAGUUAAAUUUUGAACAGUGUGCUGUAAUGCUGUUAAGAGAAAUGUUUAAAAGAAACUGUAAGUCAGUUGAAAGGUUUCCUUGUUAUGAAGAUGAACGGUGUAAGACCUCUUUUGCUGACUAUGCUGUAACCUAUGCUGAUCAGCCACCAAAUGUGUGGUUUGUAGUUUUCAGAGAAAUAUUUCUUGUUCCAGAAGACAAUCUUUUAGUGCCAAAGGUGUAUACUACUAUCCCUUCCUGUAGACUUCAUGUCGUGAAUAAUGACACACUGGAGGAAAUGCCACAUGUGUUUUUGGAAGUGGCACCUCGUGUUUAUCCCCGAAAUAAGAACGGAUACACAUUUAUGGCUGAAGCAUUUACUGGUGACCUACCUCUGGCAGCUGGAAAAUGGAAGCUCCGGCUCAUCGGUUCUCAUAGUCCACUCCCAUUUCUCUCUCGUGAGGCUGUAAAUAAUGUGUAUUCUACUAAAGAAAUUAAAGAGUAUUACAUACCAAAUGACAAGCAUGUAAUAUUCAGGUAUUCAGUAAAAGUCACAGCGUCACAUAUUGCUACAGUGCAGGUACAGACCUCUAAAUCAGAUGUGUUCAUUAAACUACAAGUCCUCAAUAAUGAGGAAGAAGUUGUGAGUGCCACUGGAAAGGGCCAUGCAGUCAUCCCUGCUUUUCAUUUCUUGAGUAAUGAAACACUUUUGAGUUCACACUCAAGCAAAACACCUAUUAUUCAAAAUAGUACAAAGAAGGAAACAGAAACUGGAGGAUCCAAAAAAAAGGGUCAUAUUUCAUCUUCAAAGGACAGCAAAACUUCUUUCAAGCCAGGACUUGUACGAGAAGGUCUGCCUAUAUCAGAAGAUAAAACUUUCCUCUUGGAAAACUUUCAAAAUAAUGAUGGAAGUCCACAACGAUCUCACAAGUAUGUCAUACAAGCAUUGGUGCUAUACAAUAGUUGGCCACUUACUGAGAGUCAGUCUCUGUUUGUUCAGGCACUGACAGAAAUGGAGAAAAAUGAAAUCAAAGUACAUGGGGGAAAGCCUGAGGAGCACAGCUUUCCCCUAAUGCUCAGUUCUUUUGAAGGACAAAAGUCUACAAGUAUUCCUAAACCUACCAGAAAAUCAAAAGAUAAAGCAUCUGAGAAGACAGAAAAAGAGAAGUCCAAUGAAGAAAGAGGAUCACAUGUCUCUCUUGCAUCUCGACCUGAAUCUCAGCAAGCUGCUUCCAACAAACCGUACUGGACUUUACGUCUAGUUAGUGAACAGAAAGAGGCAGACACUCUGGAGGUGAAGAAAGACACGCAGCGAGCAGAGGAGAUCAAAGCCAUGAAACAGGCAUGGGAGGCUGCAGAACCAGGAAGAGCUAUCAAGGCUUUUCAGGAACGCAUGCGGUUUAUUAAUAAGUAUGCUGUGAGAGAUUCGGAGGAGCCCAUAGCUGGGACUGAGACUGCCAGUUUAACAGCUAGUUCAGGAGAAAGAGGUAAGGAUUUUCUUACCACAGGAAAGAAAGCAUCAGAAGCAGCUACUGAUUCAAGCCUACACACACAGCAAAAGAGAUGGGAGCCUAUAGACCUAAGUCCUUACAUGAGAAAAACAACAUCUGAGUCUGUGGUAAGAAACGAGUCUAUCAUUCAACAGCAAGAGAUACGUAAAGCGGAAAAAAUCAACCAUUUCAGGGAACUUCGAGAGCUGGUUUUGGCACAAAGAGAAGAAGAAAAAAUAGCCAGAGCUUUAUUGAAGAAAAAUAUACUUGAAAUGUAUGAGAAUAUGCAGGCAUCCUUAGAUGAAGCACGAGACAGAGUUCACAGCAUGCGGGAGGCGUACAGAAGUAAGCUGCUAGAGGCUGAGCGCAGAAAACAAGAAGAGCUGGCAGCUCAUGAAGCAGUCCUGCAAGCAGAGCAAGAGAAGCAAAGCCCAAAUGCACACAAAAAAAAGCACAAGAAAGGUUUAGGGGAAAACAAUUGGACAGCCUCUGAGUAUCUGGUUGUGUCUGAGGACUUGCACAAAGGAGAGUCCCAGGAACCAGCACAGUGGCAUGCAAGAGCCAAGCCUGGCUUUCCUCCCGUGGACCAGCCGUGCAGUCUGAGAGACCUGAAAAACCUUGAGUUGGCUCUGGAGGCAGUUGUUGGCAGAGGCUGGAACCAGAGAUCUAGAAAUGCUGGGAAGACUAAAGCUGCUCCACUUUCAGCCAUCUGGGGAGACAAGGGGAUGAAAACUU